GCCCGUCAGCUGAGAAUUGUAGUUGGCCGCGGUGGGACGGGCGUGUGACCCGGGCCGGAGGAGGAGGAAGCACAAGAGGUCGCGGUGAGUGCUUGGAAAAGAAUCUGGAUAGCUCACCAACAUCUGAUGACCUUGGAGGGUGAGCAAGUCAGCCAUGUCUUACACUCCAGGGAUCGGUGGUGACCCUGCCCUGCUGGCCCAGCGCAUCUCUUCCAACAUCCAGAAGAUUACACAAUGUUCUGUGGAAAUACAAAGGACCCUAAAUCAACUUGGAACACCUCAAGAUUCACCUGAAUUGAGGCAACAGCUGCAGCAGAAGCAGCAGUACACUAACCAGCUUGCCAAAGAAACAGAUAAGUACAUUAAAGAGUUUGGAUCUCUGCCCACCACCCCCAGUGAACAGCGUCAAAGGAAAAUCCAGAAGGAUCGCUUAGUGGCGGAGUUCACGACCUCACUGACAAAUUUUCAGAAGGUUCAGAGGCAAGCUGCUGAGAAAGAGAAGGAGUUUGUUGCUCGAGUCAGAGCCAGCUCCCGGGUGUCUGGUGGUUUUCCGGAGGACAGUUCCAAAGACAAGAAUUUUGUAUCUUGGGAAAGCCAACCUCAAUUUCAAGCACAGGCCCAGGAUGAAGAGAUUACAGAAGAUGACCUGCGCCUUAUUCACGAGAGAGAGUCUUCGAUUAGGCAAUUGGAAGCCGAUAUUAUGGAUAUUAAUGAAAUAUUUAAAGAUCUGGGAAUGAUGAUUCAUGAACAAGGAGAUAUGAUAGAUAGCAUCGAAGCCAAUGUAGAAAAUGCGGAGGUCCACGUUCAACAAGCAAACCAGCAGCUGUCCAGAGCAGCAGACUAUCAGCGCAAAUCCAGAAAAACCAUGUGCAUCAUCAUUUCUAUCGUUGUUAUUGGAGCUGUGAUUAUCGGUCUCAUCAUCUAUGGAGUGAAAGGCUAAAAUUAGAAACGCACGCACUGCUGCACCACAUUCUCUAUAAAUUAUGUAGGAAGAUUCCUGAAUCAUGUUUGUUUUUAAUACUAUUAUUGCAAAGCUAUUAAGUAAAGAAUGGUUCCCAUUCUUUGUUAUUUUUAUUUGAGGAGAAGUUUCCUUUGCAUUCAAAUCAGAUAUUUUCUAAUACUGAAAGGUUUUCUAAAUACCCCUGCUGGCAUAGCUUCCCUGGUUUUCAACCUAUUAACUGUUAGGUUUUAGCCUACAUUGUAUAUGCCUUUCAUUUAUAAUUUAUUAUCCCUGUUGGCUUAGUUUUGAGAAUUAGUAGACUAAGGGUGUUUGUGUCUGAAUGUGUUCUCUGUCACUGUGAAUAUAUGCACCCCGAUUUGUGUUAUUUUAAUUAAAAAUCUCAAAUCUAAUUUCAACUUGGACCAGCAGAGAAAGGAUUCUCAAUAACUUUUAAGAAUUAACGUACUGAGUUUUGUUUUGGCUUUUUUAUGUGUUUGUGGGGGUUGAUUUUUUAUUUUCUUUUUUCUGUUCACAACAGGACAAAUUACAUGUUUAACUUUUAUUAUUGGUUUUUUUCUUCAGACCUUUGUUUACUAUAAAAGAAUUCAGUAAAUAAUUACCUAAUAUAUCAUAUUCCUCUUGUGUACAUAUAAAGCAUUUGCUGUAGAUUGCCUAGUAAAAUACUAAAGAUAGAGUGUUUAUUCAUAGGCUCGUUUUAGGUCUGACAUUCUCUGGGGAAAGUGUAGCCCUCAUAAAUGAUCAUUUUAAUUUUGAAGAAGAGUAUGAAAAAUCAUUGCCUACUUUUUGGACUUGAAAAUUCUCAACUUGCUGCCCCACUGAAAGUCUUAAAUACAGUAUUGCGAUGUGGGUUGUUAUUUACUUUCCUUAAUGACCCAUAGAACAAUGGUUACUUGCAUAUGUAUCUUUGGAUCAGAAUUACUUUUGAAAAGUAACCCUCCUUCGAUGACUGUUUUUGAGCACCUGAUGUGCACAAUGUAGUAAAUUUAGAGCUUGACUUGCGUGCCAUUUUGUACCAGCCUUCAUUAGAAAAGGAAUUAGAUGUUUUGCCAAUUGUGUCACUUUGCCUUUUUAAAUCAACGUUGUUUUAAUGGCCUAAUCUGAAUACUGUAAAGAAAAUUAAGUUUAUAAUUUGUAUUUUAUAAUGUUCUUAUAUAGUGAAGUUUGAUAGUGAAGGCAAUGUUUUACAUGGCAAGCCAUGACUCUUCACAUGGGAACAAAGACCAUGCUAAGUACCUAAAUAAAUGGUAUCCCUGCAACCAAAAUAAAAAUAACCCCAAAAAAGCCUUUGGAGGUCUGUAUUUCAUAAGGACUCUGCUUGGAUGGAAGAUGCUUAGCACACACUGGGUGCUGACCUACCUGUAAUCACGACACAUGGGAAGCAACCACACAGCCACCAUUCCACAUCUUCCUGGAGCAAUGAUCUAGUCAAAGUGCUGUGUUUCUGUGACUGCAAAAGGCUUUGCCCCUAACAGGUAGGAACUGUUUGGUAGAGAUGUCAGAAAAAAGUGAUUUUGUUUGUCCCAUAAAAGUAAGACCUUAGAAAGCUUGUUUGUUAGUGAGUGAUUCAAAACAGUGAUUUUGUGUUCCUAGAGAAUCAGGUUGCAUGAAUUAACAGGGUGAGCCACGUAGCCAGGAAAACUCAUGCAUAGAUUCCCUGUUCUGGGGUUGGUGCAAGGCAUUGAGCUCAGACACAUUUCUCUGCAAGUCCACAGAAAAGGGUACUUGCCUCUGUUUUAAAAAGGGGUCUUGUCAAUUCUCUAGGGCUUGGUAGUACUGUCAGGUAAGCACUGGACUGCUAGCCUCAAGGUCAGGGUUUCAAAACCCCAGUUACUCCAUAGGAGAAAGACAAAGGUAUCUGCUCCCAUAAGGACUUGUGGUUUGGGCAACCCUGCAUCGGGCAACUGUCCAGACCGACCAAAUAGCAGCGGGUAGCAGCUCUGCGUCAGUUCCACUUCCUACCACACAUCUUUAAUAUGGUGUUUGCUCACAUUAUGACAAAUUGCAUGAACUUCUGUUCGCCUUAGUGAGUUCCCCAUACCUGCAAACAGACUUUAAAAAGAAAAGGCAUGAUUUUUUAACCUCUAUUUAAAAUAUAGUGAUUUAACAAUUGUUAAUUUAACGAGGACUCUAGUGGCAUAUAGAUUUUGAAUGGAAAUUUUACAGAGCACACUGAGAACACAAAAAGUACAUUGUCGAUUAGAAAACAUGUAGUGAUGUGGGAAAAUAAAAAUUCCUCAUAAAGUUUUUCUUAAGAUUAGAUUCAGAAUUGCUUUGGAAGGAGAAGCUUAGCAUAUCAGAAAUAAAAUGAGAUUUCUUUUCCUGAUGAAAUGUCUGAAUCUGCCUGAGGCCAUUUUGAAUCAAAUUGAUUAUCUCUCUUUGGGAAAGUUUCCUUAGCAAGUGACACACUUACUCACCGUGAACCCAGAAGACACACUUGAGUGACUCAGACCAAGCUUAACCAGCCUCGCAGUUAAGUAGAAUAACUUGUAUGUGGCCAUUGUGAAGGAUAAAAGCAGUUGCCGUCAAGUGUUUCACCUGAUUUUCCCAGAACUAAGUUACCAUGCUUCUCUACAUCGGCAUCUCCGUCUCCAUCGGCAUCUACAUCUACAUUGGCUCCAGCCUCCAGCUUUUCAAGGAUCACCGGAGCACAUUAAUCACGUGUACCACACAGGGACUCUCUGUGGCCGUUGUACUAGUCAUUAGUUAUUAUGAAAGUCAUUUUGGUAAGAGGGUGUGUGUUCCCAUAGAACUCAAGGGGGGCAAUGUAGGAGUCAAGAGAAAGGCUGAUGAGCACAGCCAACUUGAUUCCCAUCGGCGCCAUAACCAAGAAAAUGGGCUCCCCCUCAGUGACUCAGCUGCUUCUGCAAGCAGGUGACUAUUCUGGCAAUUAUGGUUACAAUAAUGGCAACCAGGGAUUUUAUCAGGAUAUAGGGCAACUCUGGAAAUAAGUAGGAGACUAGAAAUGAUAGUAGCAAGAUAUGAUAGGCUCUUGGUGGAUAUUUGCUUAAAAUAUUAGGUGGUUCAUCUCAGUAGCUAUUUGUUAUUUGUAUUGGACUGAAGAAUGAAUAAGGUGUCUGUAUUCAUGUCUAUUUCCCAUCACUUCAAUCAUUCUGUUGGACACCGUUGGGCUUGCAGGGUUCCCUUCUGGGCUUACAAUGCUGUUACCAUUGUCAGGGUUCAUUUCGCUUCAGAACAAGCUGGACACAGGGUUAAACCAUGAUUCUGUAGAACCUUUGGUUUGGAACAAUUUCAUUUGGGGGAUUUUGUAUAUAUUCCAUACAAGAGGGGUAUGCUAUAGGUAAAAAUACAAGCUAAUGCUUUGUCUUAGUUUUAGGAAAUGAAAGUAAACAUGAUUGAAGUUUUCUUAUAUUGAAAAUAACCUAUAUGAUUGUAUCAUGUUUGCAUCUUUAGAAGUAUGUUAAAUUGCUUUAACUCCUCACCUCUUGUGGAAAUCAGCCCUUCAAAGUUUGUUUGGUUUCUGUUCUUGGAUAUGAUUGUAUUUCCAAUUUUUUGUUCAUGGAAGGAUUCAAUAAAACUUAGGUCAUUGAACAAAAUAAAAAAGCCUAAGUAUGAGCAUAAGUGGAGCUUGCUCUAGGACAGCGGACCCUGGAGGCAGCAGCAUCUGGAGUCAGAACCACAGAGCACAAGAUGCCUCAGCAGUGUCAGCAUCAUUAACUGAACCCUACAGCGAAGGUCAAUGACAUCAUUGCUUUUGUUAAACAUGUUUAAUAAUUUGUGGGGAAAGAAAUAGUGUUCUGAAUAUCAAUCUUUUAUAACAAAUUUAUACUGAUGAAGUGACUGAAAAUUUCCUGUUCCACAAAGUUGGCUAAUGGCUUAUCUAAGAAAGUGCAAAAUUGUCUUUGUACUAGGUGUAAUUUUGUGUGUGUCUUCAUGUAUAAGAAGUAAUCUAAUAAAAGAGAACACCUGCGUAAAGAAAAUAA